AUGGCUUCAUCAAUAAAUGAUCUAGAUGUUAAUGAACAUCAUGAAGAAAUUAUUCGUCGUUAUGUUCAUUUUUCACGUGAACAAAAAGCAACAGGUCUACGAUCAUUUCGUUCUGCAGCUGAAGAUUUUAAAACUCAACGUUUAUCUGAUGAAGCUAUGAUGACAGUUAAUGAAGUAAAUGAAUUACUUGAAGAAUUUCUUGAUAUAUUAGAAAAAGAAUUUGAACAAGAAUUAACACAUCAAUAUCGUGUUAAUACUCUUUUAAUUAAACAAUUAUUUCAACAAGCUGAACAAUGGUUUUUAAAAUUAAAUCCUAAUUUUGAUCAAUUAGAAAAUCGUCGUUUAAUCGAACUUAUACGAGAUUAUGAACAACAACAAAUAAAUACAAAAAAAUCCAAAGGAAAUAAAGAUAUGAAUACAAUGAUGGAUCCAAUAAAUGAUACAAAAUCUACAAUACUUUUAAAAACUGAAAUACAAAAAUUACAACAAUUAAAUGAACAAUUAAAAAAACGUUUAUUACAAUAUGAAAAUGAUGAUGAUAUUUUAAAUCAAAAAUUAGAAGAAAAUACACGUUUAUGUAAUAAUAAAGAAGUAUCAUUUAAUCAACAAUUAGAAACAAAUGAAAAACGUUUAAAAGAUAUUCAAUAUGCAUUAUCAUUAGCUGAAAAUGAAUUAGAAAAAAAAUUUAAUCAAACAAAUACAUUUAUUAAUAUGAAAAAAAUUAUUGAACAAAAAAAUCAACAAAUUCGAGAAUUACGACAACAAUUAGAUGGAAAAGAUGACAAAGAUUAA